CAAUAUAGCAGUAUUUGUAAAUGACAUUAGAAGCUUUUAAUUUUUAUGGAUUUGUGGUGAGUUUUUUUGAAUUCUUAUUGACAGAGCAUAUAUGUAAUGGGCCACCACUAAAACCCCAUUAUCUGAUAAACACAAAGACGAGAGAUUGUGAGGCAUCAGCUAUGGUUGUGACAAGUAAUAUGAAAACUAACUAAUCUUGUCACCCAAUGAAAUCGGGAGAUUUUUAUCAUGUUAUCCAUCAAGCUUCCCAAAUGAUCCAUCAUUUGUCUUUAUUGAUUUCAUAAGAAGUUAUCCAAUGCUUGUGAAAACUGAGAAUUGUUGAAGUAUUGGGGAAAUAUACAUGUUGUGAAAAGUAGUAUAAGAUAUGACAUAUCGUCAACAUGAACAAAGUAUGCUAUUAACUUUCAUAUACUACAGUAAUAAUAUAUACCUGGAAAUAUAAAAAUCAUCAUUUAAUCAGAGAUGAAAGAGGACUAUUGGAAAGUACAGCUCAGUUCUUUAAUACCAUCUAAGUAAAUACAAGUCAGUUAGUAAAGAUUUGAAAAUCCAUCAGGGAUUUUAUAUUGUGAAUGAAAUUAACACAUUUGAUGCAAGUUAUUGAAUUUAUUCAAAUACUGAUGGAUAGCUUAUGAAACUUGUGUCACAUUGAACUACGCAAAGUUGUCAAUGAUUAAUAAAAGAAAUAACCUAAAUUACAUGGUUACAAGUUGAUGACCAAGACAAAAUCAAUCAUUUCUUUUGUAAAAAAGAAAGAAAAACGAUUUUUAAAUAAUAAUUGGGAUUGUGGACCAUUUCAACAAUGUGGAGAGGAUCAGAGACAGUUAUGGUAGGUUCGUAACAGGUUUUGUCUUAUUGAAUUUGUCAACGUUGAAAUCAAUUACAGCUCAACCGAUAUUGAAUUUGUAUAGCAAGGACAGUAUUUUAACUAAUGAUAGAACAGAAAUCUACAAAUAAAGAAAAUGACAAUCCAACUUAUAUCAAUAUUGUCAAUGCAUGUCCAUAUCGUCAUAAAUUUAUAGAUCAUAUCUUUUUUAUAACAAAACUGGCUCCAAAAGAAACAUUAUAUUACUGAACUGAAAUUAACAUUCAGCAGAAGCAGCAAAUUAAGGAAAGAAUAAAAUUCAAUUGGAGAAAACAAAAAUGUGUAAAUAUAGAAAUGGAUAUUUUAAUGAACCAUCUGUUAAAAGUUAAAAUUGUGAAAACUGACGAAUGACUACGUUGGACAUCAGAUAUGAUUAUUGAUCAAAUUAUUGACAAGUAUUGAAGUAGCUAUACGAGAGUCGAGAGUCGUUAAACUUGAACACAACUUAUUUUAAAAAUUUAACACUUCUCAAGGAGUUUAAUGCUGUUAUUGUGUAUGCAGCUAGACAUCUUUAACCUUUUCAUAAGAUUUAAAUGCAAUUUACCAUAAAAAGACAAAAGUACAGGACAUUAUUCUACUUUAUAAAAAAUAUAGCUGAAUUAUAGCAGUGCAGUGUUUACUGUGUUAACUAAUGGAUAGAAUCUAGAAGUGUUCAACAGCUAUAUCUUCAAAAUAUUUGUAAGCACAAGGAUAAACUUCUUUAAAAAGUAGUCUCAGAAGAAUAUGAAAUAGUCUUGGAAGAAUUUGAAAUCUAUGUUACAUGGGAAUAUCUUCAUCACUGUAAAGCAUUAUCAUGGAUUGCUUUGAUAAAUGUGUGUCUGGGAAAUGUUGUUCUAACAGUAAUCUUUUUUAAGUGUCUCAUACCGUGAUUACAGUUUCAUUGUGACCAGGCAGUCAAUCACAUCGUCUGAACGGACUUGAUUUCAUUAUUUCGUUUCUACCAUUUCCGAUAACUUUACAAAUUCCAGAUCGGUUCCAUUUUUAACUUUUCUUUUCCAUUAUCAGCAGCUUAGCAAAGGAUGAAAAAAGGAAAUACAAGCUUUCCUAGAUCAAAAGACAUUAUAUGUUGAAAUAAGCAAAAUGCAAUAAGCUUGACGAUCAAGUAAAAUUUAUAGCAUACAAAAAGAAACACUACAACAAAAUGGCUGGUGCAGGGAAUGUAACUAGUGUCACUCAAGUAAAGGACACUGAAAUUGAACUUUAUUCAGUGGUGCUAUCGUCAACUACGUUGUGUCUUGCCUUAUUUUUUGGAAGCGGUGGAAAUAUAACGAUUUUGUUAGCAAUGUGUUUUAAUGGACUUAUGUCACGACUACGAUACAUAUUUUUGUCAAUAUUACUUAUUGUUUGUACAUUAUAUGAUUUGUUGUGGUGUCCACUAGAAAUAUAUCAUCUUAUUCAUCAUCAUCAUUCACCGUACGAUGUCGGAUCAAAGGUCAAGUUUGCAGGUCAGUGUCUAUACAUGUGUUUAUUUACUGGAUUAUUCUGCAGUCUAGUUAUGAUCAGUGUUCAUAGCUUGUGUGUACUGAUGGACAAAUUAGGACGGAAAUAUUUAAAGCUAAUUAUUCUAGUCAGUAGCGUUAUUGCAAUAGUAUUGGUGACCGUAAAUACAAUUGGAUAUUCGGUUAUAUCUACAAAAUAUGAAAUUUCCGACUCAUUGUCUUACUUAAUUCUUAAUAGUAAUUCCUACAUAUAUCGUGUAACAUGUUACAGUGUUUGUAUAGCCUCUUCUAUUAUUGUUAUGAGUAUAAUGAUCGCCAUGGUGGUUUAUAAGCAAAAUGUUCGGUCAGAAAAAAUAAGUGAAGAAUCUGACUACUCAGAGCCACCAACUCCUGAGAGACUAAAUAUAAACAUACCGAGCUUACUCAUUAAAGGUGCUGACGAUGACAAUGAAAGUGAUAACGAAGAGAAUGAAAACAACGAGAAAAAAUCUAUUCAUGACUCUACAAAACAUCUUGGUCCACAAGAUGCUUCAUCAAUAAAAGAUGACAAUACUUCUACACUAGGGGAGCUACCCUCUCCUUCACGUACAAAAAAUAAUCACCUUAGUGUCAACAUGGCAGCCAUUUUAGGCAGACGUCGACAUACAAUCGGCCAAAUAGGGUCUACAGGACUGGAUGUUAUGGAAAAGGCUAAACAAUACAAUUACGUAAGAAAAUUCUCUGUAGAUAUUCAGGCCCUGCAAGCACAAUUAGAAAAUCCUAAAAUUCAUGGAGGAAACUUUCCCUUUAGAUCUGAUACUGAAUUACAAAAGACUGCCCAGAAUGACAGGAAAGAGUUUCUUAUACGUAGACCACAGACUCCAACGUUGGAUUCCAGAAUGUGGGAGAAAGAUUUCUCUGAAAGCCGAGAAGACAUAUCUAAAAGUAAUGAAGAAUGCUGUAGGACUUCAAUUCAUUCUCAAAAGUCAACAAAAUCCAACAGAUCUAAUAGGUCAUAUAAAUCGAGCAGGUCUAAUAAAUCGAGCAGAUCAAAUAAAUCAAGCAGACGUAACUCUAGUCAUGACACAGUCAGUCCUCCAAUCAUAACACUAUCAGAAACAACGGCAGAAGAACAACAUGUCCUUGACCUUCCAGAAGACAAAGGACCAACGUACAUAAAACUUUGUUGUCUAUUAAUAGUAACAUUUAUUUGUUGUUUACUACCCAUGUAUAUAACAGAGACUGUUCGUCAUCGUUUAUCAUCUGCCGCGUACAUAAACAUUGUAACGUGUACAAUGGCUCUGUCUGUUGUGCAGACAAUUAUAUAUCCACAUGUUUUAUUUUGUAUGGAUAACUUUAUACAUAAUUCUGUACAUAAGUUUUUUGGUAAGUUUCACAGUCAAGUUAUGUUGGUUUGUUAUGAACGACAAGCAGUACCUACGGACAACAUUGAUAUUACAGUUACCCAAGUGUAGUCUAUUUAUAAAUAUAUUAUUUCUAUUUCAA